AAUCGUUUUAGUUACAAAACAAGUUCGAAUUUUAGCGGCGUUUAGUUUUGCAUAAUCACCACAUUUCGAAUUUAAUUGUGGUGCAAAACGUUUCAUUUAUCACUUUUAUCAUUUUGACGCGUGCCAUGUCCAAUCACUAUUACAAUGAACUUUGGCACCAAACUCAUCAUGAAAUUGAUCUUCUGGCUGUCGCCGACGAACAACAAGGUCAGAAUUUCGAGACUGCACUCGCAGCAUUGGCAUCGACACUGCCGGAUGUUGAAACUGUGACCGAGCCAAAGAAGAUUAUGCAAACCACUGUCUUUGAGUUCUAUUUACGUUACAUCGGUAUCGCCAAUCGACUGGAAGAUGUCUAUGACAAGAUGAUACAGCCGCAAAAACGCCUCUUAGUGCGCAAGCUACUCGACUCUUGUUUGGGACGCGUUAUCGAGCUCAAGCACGAUCUCGUCAAUAUUGAUCUAAUGGAGUUCAGUUAUAAUGAUGAAGUUGUCCUACGACUUCAAUUAACACCUGACGAUACCCAAUUGCAUAUACCGCGGUAUUUCCUACGAGAACGUCGUCAAGAGAUCGAACAACGCAAUCGUAUUAUGCACGAAAUUCUUGUGAAGUUGGGUUGGUUAGAGGAGCAUCCCAGUGAUGAGAAACUAACCGAAAUUGAAGCUAUACGGUUAUUACAGAUGCAUGAGCGAGCACGUCAGGGUCGACUUCGGGCACAUUUUAUGAAAGAGAUACGAAUGCUAAAGGAUAAAGGUAAAACUGAGGAAAAGGGAAAAGAGCGCAGUGAUAUGGGAUUAUUAGCUGCAAUGAAGAUACAAAAAGUAUGGCGAGGCCAUACGGCGAGACGUAUAACGCGUCGACGAAAGCAGGAAGAAAUGAUUUUGAUCGGCAUGGUAUCACCCACGGCGGCAAUGCUAAAAAAACGAGCAGAAAAGGAGGAAAAGUUAAAUGAGAUUUAUGAACGUCGCUAUGCAACGCAAUCAGCUUAUAAACAACAGCUCGAGUCGUCUCUAGUCGCCGUGAGAGAGGAAAUCAAGUGUAAACAGGGCGCUGCAAUCACCGAGGACAUAACCGAUGAAUUACGGACCUGGAUAAAGGAAUGCUAUGAAAAAACGGGAAAAUUGCCUGAAUUCCCAAGUGAGGAGCAAGGAGGAUCACUGCAUAUUUUUAGUCGACCGGGCACAGAAAGCGAGCUAAGUCGUUCCUCGGCGCGUUCUUCGAAGGAGUCACGUAAAACUAAGGACAAAUCGAAAUCGCCGGCUCGUAGCGGCGACUUAAAUUUUAAUGAUACUCAAGCGGAUGGGGAGAACUUUCAUCCAGGACAAACUGUGUUUCUCGCAGAUAUCAAAACUGCAAUUGAAGAGUUCAAUGAAGUUUGGCGAAAUAAAGAUGAAAGCGGCAAUCCCUCACAAUCUCAAUACGAUGAUAUGAUUUACAAUGAGAAAUAUUUAGAAAUAGAAUUAGACUGUCGGCGCACUGUAGAUGAGUUAAUGCGUCAGGAAUUGGAAUUACUGCAGACUGCUAUUGGCAAAAAGGCCAAAAAGAGCAGCAAAAAGACUCGACGUUCAGGUAAAAAAAGUAAAAAGAAAAAGGAAAAAGAUCUUACCCCUGAUCGUACGACCGAAUCACUUUAUGAGGAGCUGGUAACUAAUGGCAUUAUACGCAAAUACCCAGAAGUCCGUCUCAGUCAAUAUAUAGGCGAUAAGGCUUUGAGUGAACGCUCCGGUACGAAUCCAUCCGCUGGAGAUAUUCGUCAGAUUCUCAUCGAAUACUGUAUACUACCAUUGGGUUCAGAGGCCAUACGCAAUUCUUGCCCACUCAUACGCUCAAUUUUGUUAGCCGGUCCUCGUGGCUCUGGCAAGAAAGCGCUGCUGCAUGCUAUCUGCACUGAAGUUGGUGCUGUACUGUUUGAUCUAACACCCGCCAAUAUAGUGGGCAAAUACCCAGGCAAAUCAGGUCUAAUAAUGCUAAUACAUUUGGUUUCAAAGGUAUCGCGUUUGCUGCAACCAGCGGUCAUAUAUAUGGGUGAUGCAGAGCGUCCAUUCAUGAAAAAAGUGCCCAAAACGGAUCGUACAGACCCAAAGCGCUUGAAGAAAGAUUUACCACGUUUGAUAAAGACUAUUGCACCAGAGGAUCGUGUAAUAUUCGUGGGCACAUCAAGUCUACCUUGGGAAGCGGACCAAAAACUACUACAACAAACUUACAAUCGUUUCAUUUAUAUACCCCGACCUGACUAUGGCGCAAGAUCGAGUGCUUGGAAGGCGCUAGCGAAUGAGUACACAGGAGGUUUAUCUACUUUGGAUUACAGUGUAAUGGCGAAGAUCUCUGAUGGCUAUACGAUUGGCGCUAUUGAUUCGUGCUUGAAGGAAGUCUUAACGUGUAAGCGGAAGCUCCAACUUCGUACACAACCGCUAACGCAUGCCGAAAUAAUAAACACUUUGAGUAUGCGUGAUCCAGUUUACCGCGAAGAGGAAGAAGCCUUUGACAACUGGUGGUCUAAAACACCACUUGGACGACGCUAUGAACGUGCGUUAGAGAUGGAGGGGGAAGCGCGCUUGGAAGAAGAGGAAAAAAAUGCCAAACAAAGCAGUAAUGGCAAAAAAAAGUGAAUAAGAAAAUAAAAUAUUUUUAUACAGUUAUAUUUAUUUUUAUUUACCUUUCACUUAAGCUUAAAAAUGAACUCUUUAUUACCACUUUUGCAAUUUAUUUCUUUUAUGAAUAAACUGAAUGCAUUGCUUUCACGCAUCACCGCAUUUAUAGCA